AUGCCAACACUUCUCGAAGCUCUUACAAAGCGGAAUGUGGCGGUCAACUCUCAGGCCGUUGUAGGAGGCUCCAAUACCACAACUGAAACAUAUAUAGAGCCGGGCGGGUGGAGGAUGUGGGACGAAUUCAACUACGACACUCUAACCCGAAUAUUCCGGCGAAAGCUUGCUUCGGAGUAUCGUGGCUCAUCGGAACCACGGGCCUUGGAGCUAGGUUUGAUCGUCAGCAAUGAAGAGACAUUGGAAGACCUCUUGAGGCGAUUCUUUGCCAACAUUCUCCCCGGAGACACCAAACUCGACGCGAAGUGGUCGCCUUGGAUGUCUGAAGACACGGGCAGGUACCGAACUAGAUACGGCUUCAUUAUAACCGAUGCCAAUCUUGUUGCUCUCAGGAUUACUCGCGAGCUUAUCGGCGCUGGCCUGGCCCAAACACGUCCGCGAAGGGAGGCCGCUGUUUUUGUUGGCCAUCAGAGACAUAGUUCAGAUGCCACGAUGGGGUCAGGCGACGGCUCGAGUUCAGUUUACAGUGAUGAUAGCCCGUUGGAAUGGAGCUACCAUGACCCCGAAUAUGCUAUCAUUCCCUGGAAUGCGCAUGGGAAAGAGGUUCUGACCAUUAAGCUAGCUCUUUGGUCCUUGAUUAUGAUGGCUACGAGUGGCGACAGAGGUAUUGAUUACUCAUAUCCCCCGUUGGAUAGCUGGCGAUUCAAUGGUGAGCGAUAUGUUCAUAACACUUCAGGUACCACCAAGUCGGAGCUGUCUGAGGGUGAUCAUCUGUUGCUGGAGCCUAAUGACAUGAGCUGGGAGGGGGACGCGCAUUACACACAAAGCCAGGAUGUCGACGAUAUGCUUCCUUCAACCCGCGCUGGCGGCACUUCCAGUGUUGGCCCUUCUCAAGCAUACCAGCCAAUUGAGGUAGAGGCCUCUGUUAGAGGAUCCUCUCGACAGGCCGAUCAGGGUCCGGACGAUGACGACCAAAAGACUGAAGUCGGGCCUUCUCAUAGGCACCAUAAGCGCAAGAAGGUCCGGAUCGAGGAGCAUUUGGUUACCAGAAAGCUCUACUAUCUAAAUGCCAAUGGAGACAAGGUCGAUACAAGUAGGGCUCAGUAG